AUGAAAGUAGGACAAUAUUAUGCGAUUCUUAUAACACUAUUGCUUACAUUUUUCGGAGUUGUUUGUUUAGAGUACCGUCUCGAACCAUCACCAAACAAUGGGAUUGACGAGCCAUCUAAAUUCCAAAAAUAUCAUGAAGCUUCAAGAGUAUUGGGAAAUUUCUUAACUGGAUGUAUUAUUGCUGUUUUGAUAUUCAUUUUGAAGUUUCUUCACCAGUUGAUAUAUUCGAAAAAAUCGCUUUCGCUGUCGAUAGAUACAACUACAACGCCACAUCAUUUGCACUCAACAUAUCAUCUUAGCUUUUACCAUGCGAUUUUGGAAGAAGUGCUAAAAUUCAGUAUAAUUUGGUAUCAAGCGUCAAAAUGCGCAUACCAUCCCUAUAAAUAUCAUGACAAGUAUGCAAAGUUUUUGAGGUAUUACAAUAUUUGGAUCAAUCAGGAUUUGUAUAGAAGCAGACAUUUGGUUGAGAAUGAGGGAGAAGUGGAGGAACUUUGGGAAAAUAUCAUAGAGGAAGAGAAUAGUGAUAACGAGAACGAGAAUGAUGUUUCGCAAGAAGUUAGACAUUCUUUAUCUAGCAAUGAGUCUAAUGAAACUAUUGUCGAUAGGCUCUUAAAUAAGAAAGUGAGCUACAAAGUAUUACCAUCGGAGUUUAAAAGUCGAUUAGAAGAAACGAGAUCAUUUGAAACCUUGCCCAUAGAGAUUAAUGGCAGAAGCAGAAGGUCUUCAGGGUUUUCUCAUACUAGCAGACUAAAUGCAAGGGAUUACAAAUCCUGUUCCGAUCUUAUUACUAGAUUGUAUUCGGUCUCGCCAGGGAACACCUAUUAUUUGAAUACUGCUGUUGCCAUUGCAGCGUUUGAUGACUCUGAACAAUCUGCUCCUGUUGUCAAACAAGAUUUUACUAAUAACCAGGAUCCGACUAGGGAGAAUCUUUUUCUACUGGAAAUUGAAGAGUCAUAUGAGAAUAUUGACGAAGAACACAUCGAGAGGGACGAAGGACCUAUAGAAAGAGAUGAGGAACACAUAGAGAGAAAGAGACAUGAUACUAUAAAAGCACUAAUCAAGGGCAUAAAUUGGUUCUCUUGGCUUUUACCUCCGUUGCUACCGAUUCGUAAGGCCUUCGACGCCAAUCCUAUUACCACUAACACCACCACCACCACCACCAUUGCUUCUAAUAUAUUACCUUCCCAAAGCAUUGUCAACGAACGCUUCCCAUUGCUCAAAGCAAGUUUAUCAAGGUACAGCUUAAAGCAACCAACAACAACAACAACAAUAACAACAAAAUUACCGGAUCUUGAGAGUAACCCCAACUCCAGCAACCCAUUGUACAUUUUCAAGACUACAAUCGAUCGAUCUGGACUGUUCCAGUUUUUUCUAUCUUAUUAUUUCGAUACUUCUUUGGAUCCGAUUACGCUCAAUUUUAUAAUAGAUCAUUGGUUUUUGAAGUAUGGACAAUUGAUCGUUGAUACUUUUUGGGUAUGGUUUCUUAUUGAUGAGUUGAAUUAUAUGAUUUUUCAGUUUAUCAAUUUCCAGACUCUAGGUACUGUUGUACGUGGUUAUUGUUCAAUUUGGAAGAAUGUUACUUUGGUGUUGACAAUUAUCUUGAUACCAAAAUUAUUCAGAUUAAACUUUUUGCAUAAUCCAGAAAACAAGUUUGAUUAUAGAGUUGCUAUCUUGGGCGAAAUG